GCUAUAAUCCGACUGUGCGCUUCGUUAAUUUUGGCAUGUUUUUAAGAUUGUAGGGAUUUUCACUGGAAAUGUUUAGUAAAAGCCAUGCUCUUCACUACAGUCCCCUAAUUUUGCAAAAAAGAAAUGUAGCUGGUCAAAUUUGGAAGCUUGCAUCAAGGGUUUUAAAGUUCCGCUAUCUUGUCGUAGGUGCAGGUGUUGGAGGCUCGUACACAAUAUCUAAAAAAUAUGACGAAUUCAGAGAUUCUUUGCCAAAAAUAACCUUUCCAGACAGCAUUUCAGUGGACAAACUGAGUGAAACUAUCCAACAUUUCAAAGAAUACGUCUCAUCUUUCGGCGUGUCUGGAACUUCUGCUUCCGGUUUUUUUUCGAGUGAUGGAAAGAAGUCUCAUAUAUAUGGGGAGUGUGAAGCUGUGAAAGAAAAUCCCCCUCCAUCGCUGCUUCCUAACCAGAAGGAUAAUGUAGAGAAGGCUUCUGAUCAAAAACACAGCCACAUUAGUGUUGAAGAAUUGCAAGAAGCCAUCCGCAAGAACGAGCAAGCAUUCCAUAAACGGAUUGAAGCAUUGCUUAAGGAGAAUAGAGAAUUACGCAGUGAACUGCUUCUGAAGUCACAUAAAUCUUCACAGAAGGGUCGUAUUAAUAAAUCGUUGAUUGACAUGUACUCAGAAGUUUUGGAUGAACUAUCAGAUCUAGAUUCAGCAUAUAAUGCCCAGGAUCAAUUACCAAGAGUUGUUGUUGUUGGUGACCAGAGCUCUGGCAAAACAUCGGUUUUGGAAAUGAUAGCACAGGCCCGAAUAUUUCCAAGAGGCAGUGGAGAGAUGAUGACCCGAUCUCCAGUUAAAGUGACUCUUUCUGAAGGCCCAUACCAUGUAGCCUCAUUCAAGGAUGGUUCUCGUGAAUAUGAUCUCACAAAAGAAUCUGAACUCUCGUCCUUGAGGCAAGAGAUAGAGAUGCGUAUGAGGGCGCUUGUAAGUGGUGGCAAAACGAUUAGCACUGAUGUCAUUUCUUUAAGUGUGAAAGGACCUGGGCUUCAGAGGAUGGUUCUUGUUGAUCUACCUGGCAUCAUAUCUACUGUAACAACGGGCAUGCAAUCUGGUACACGUGAAACAAUACAAAACGUUGCUCGACAAUAUAUGAACAAUCCAAAUGCGAUUAUUUUAUGUGUUCAAGACGGGAGCAUUGAUGCUGAGCGUAGCAAUGUAACGGAUCUAGUAUCUUCUGUAGAUCCUUCAGGCAAACGAACUAUAUUUGUCUUGACCAAAGUAGAUUUGGCUGAAUCAAAUUUGUAUAAUCCCGACCGUAUCAGACAAAUUCUAGAGGGUAAAUUAUUCCCUAUGAAAGCACUUGGCUAUUUUGCUGUAGUCACGGGUAAAGGCACAAAAGAUGAAAGUAUCGAUAGCAUCAAAGAAUAUGAAGAAAAUUUCUUCCGUCAUUCUCGUCUAUUUAAAGAAGGUACACUACGUAUGUCUCAAAUGACUACGGCCAAUCUUAGCAAAGCUGUAUCAGAGAGAUUUUGGAAAAUGGUCAAGGAUUCAGUUGAACAACAAGCUGAUACAUAUAGAGCUACUCGUUAUAAUCUUGAAACGGAAUGGAAAAAUUCGUUUCCUCAUUUACGUGAAAUGGAUCGUGAAGAAUUAUUUGAAAAAGCUCGAAAUAAUAUCCUAGAUGAUCUCACAUUGCUAAAUGGUAUCAGCUCCACGGUAUGGGAGAAAAGCAUCCAUUCUGAAUUGUGGAACAAACUAAAAAAUCAUAUAUUCACUAAGAUAAUUGAACCUUCCCACCACAUCGACAAUAUAAGAACUUUCCAAACAAAUGUUGAUAUUUGGCUCCGUGAUUGGGUUGAAAAUGAUUUACCAGAAGCUUCAAUUGAAGCUGGUUGGCAAACAUUAUACAAACAACUAGAUAGCAAAUUAAAAAAAAUGCAAGAUGUACCCGGUUAUGAUCCAGUAUUUGAUUCAUUAAAAGAGGCUGUACAUCAGGAAAUUCGUAAACGUCAUCUUUGGGAUUCUAAAGCUGAAUCCAGAUUGCGUGUCAUACAAUCGAAUGCAUUAGAUGAUCAUACUGUACAUACAAAAUCUCAGUGGACUGCCGCUGUAGAUAUGUUAGAACAAGCAGUAAAAGAUCGAUUAAAAGAUGUUAAUCAGUUGAUUGCCUCAAGUUUUGGUCCUGGAUGGGUUGAACAGUGGACUCAUUGGAAAAAACGUACACCGGAAGAAGUUAUUCGUCUACAAACUGCUGAAGAGAUUGAAAAUUUAUUAAUAUCACUUCCAAAACCACCUGCUCAUAUUAGUCAAGAUGACUUAACAACUAUAAGACGUAAUCUUCAAGCUCGCAAUAUUUCCGUGACUGAUAAAAUUAUUUGUGAAACUUGGCAACCUUUAGUUCGACGUCUUUAUCUUGAACGAUCUCUGUUCGCUUGUCAAGAAUGUCGAAAAGGCUUUUAUUAUUACCAGCAUGGUUUUCUUAAUACAUCCUCAUUCGAUAAAUCCUCUGAUACCAACGAACAAACAUCUAAUUCAACUGAAAAUUCACAUUCAAGUAAAAAUGUAUCACUAUCUGAUUUCCCGGAUUGUCGAGAAGUGAUCCUUUUUUCUCGCCUAAUUCGUAUGCUGGAAGCAACUAGUAAUGCACUUAGGCAACAAGUUAUGAAUGAUGAAGGUAAGUUAUAUGGUCAUAGUUU